CAUAUUCACGUACCUCGCAGAAGUUCCGAGUUCUACCUUAACGCCAACCGAUCACAUAGAUGCGCAACUGCGCAGUUCAUCAUGGACAGCAAAAGCGAUACCACAACUACAGUCACUGCGGUUCCCACACCGCCGCCUUUCCGCACGCAGACAGAAACAACUUUGACGAAUCCUCUUCCCCAGCAACAGCAGUCAUUACAGCCCCUCACGCUCGAUAACACUGGUUAUUGCCUUCUUUCACUUGAUGGCGGUGGCGUUAGAGGAUUGUCGACUCUCUAUAUUUUACAGGGGAUUAUGAAUCGACUGAAUUAUGGCAGGGAAGAAGCGGGGUUAGGACAAAGAAAACCCUGUGAGAUAUUUGAUCUAAUUGGGGGAACUAGUACUGGCGGUCUUAUUGCGAUCAUGCUAGGCCGACUGGAAAUGACUGUUGAAGAGUGCAUCGAUUCCUACAAGAAAAUGAUGAGACAGGUGUUCGAGAAAAAGGAAAAUCGAUCAGUCCUGAAAAGAUUGGGAGGUGUGAGCUCGCAGUUUUCGUCGAAAGAGUUGGAAAGCGCAAUCAAACAAGUUCUAAGGUCAAGAGGUGUAAGUGCGGACGAGAAGUUUGAAGUCAAGCAAGGGAAGUGCAAAGUAUUCGUAUGCACACGUUUCCAGAAAACAAACACUACAACACGUCUCCGCUCAUAUCGCACACCAACACACACGUCGCUCAACCCUACGAUAGUCGAAGCCGCCCUCGCCACCUCUGCAGCUCCGACAUACUUCUCUCCAGCCUCAAUCUCGAGCUCGCACUUCAUCGACGGCGCACUCGGUGCCAAUAAUCCCUGUCUUGAGCUCGAAGAAGAAGCGACAGACCUCUGGUGCGAAGAAACCGGCCACUUACAACCUCUUGUAAAAUGCUUCGUUUGCAUCGGCACUGGUAAUCCAGGGGUGCGAAGUGUCAGUGAUAAAGGGUGGAAGCACUUUAUAGAGACACUGGCGAAGGAAGCGAGCGAGACAGAAGGGACAAAUCAGAAGUGGCUUGGGCGCUGGAGAGACGCAGUGGAAAAGGGAAGAGCAUUUCGGUUCAAUGUAGAUCAUGGGCUUGAGGGGGUUGGGUUAGCGGAGUGGAAGGAAGGGGAUUUGCUUGAAGCGGCUGCUGCGACGUAUCUUGGGAAAAGGGGCACGAUUGGAGAUGUCAGAGCUUGUGUGGAGAAUCUGAGGAUGAAGGAAUAUGAACCAACUCCGGAAUUCACAAAUAUGCUGAAGCAACGUGCUCAAGCCCAAGAAACAAACAGUCAGAAGUCCCCAGGUCCAAAAGCAACAGCAACAGAGAUUGCUGAAUUGAUUUCCCUCGGUUCGACCUAUCUCCGCCAAACUCCCCCGAAUCUAGUCAGCGCAUACAAUAACUUCACAUCCGCCCUGACCUUUCUAAAGAACGACCCUCUGACGCCUCCAAAAAAAGUGUCCCGUCUCCUCCAAAAACUCACGCAGACGUCUCUCCUCCUCAGCAUGUCCGCCCGACGAUCAACCAACCGCGCUCAACACGCCGCUCAAGCCCUUGAGUUCUCCACCAAAGCAAUCGCAAAUGCAGAGAUGGCAGAUGACGAGAACAUGGUAGCGCAAGCAGAAUUCAUGGGGGCUUGCGUGGGGGUUUGGCGGGUGUUCAUCAUUGGUGAGAGGGCUGGGGUUGAGAGGAGGGAUGUUGCGGAGGCGGAAUUGGGACAAAAGUUGGAUGCGCUGAGAGGAGUCAAGGGCGUCGAGAUUAGCACUUAUGAUAAUAUGGCUGGGAUAUAUUUGGGGUAUCUCCGGAGGAUGGGGUGA